AUGUUUCUUCAAAGUACAAACGCUGCUGCUAAGAUACCCAGCACAAGGUUAUUUUCAACUUCAUCAACUCAAUUCUUCUUGGGGAAACUUAACAAACAAAUACAAGCCACUACACCAAAGAAACAUGUUGUUGAACAAUUACAAAAACCACUAGGUGUGAUAGAACAACCAAAAGAUACUGAUAAUCCAGCUUCUGAUCCAAGAAAUCUUAAACAAAAAUAUAGAGAUUUCAUGGAUCCUGUUAAAAAUCAAGCAAGACAAGAAGAAUUACAAAAAGAAAUGUCAAGAUCUGGGAUGUAUGAUGUUUAUACUUAUAGACAAACAAAGGGUAAAAUGUUUUUAUCUCCACCAUCAUAUUGGAAAGCUGAAAAGGCUUUAUAUUUCCCAAAUUUUUCAGGUGAAGGCUUAUCAAGCUCAAAAAUUAGAGGUACAACUUCAACUUUAAAAGGUAAAAUUUCAGUUGUUAGAGUUUUCACUUCACAAGUUGCAGAAGAUAGUAUAAAGAAAUAUUUCGAAUUAUUAGAUGCCAAUUAUUUGACCAAGCCAGGUUAUGAACAAUUUUUGAAAGAUCAUCCAACUUCACAAUUUGUUGAUAUAAACGUUACAGAAAAUGCAUUUAAAGCAGCAUUUGUUCAGCUUUCUAAAUCUGGUAUUAAGAAAUCAUUACAUGAAAAGAGACAUGAUAAUUAUUUCAUUGUCCCAAGAAAGAGUUUGCAUAUCGAUCUAAGAGAACAAAUCCAAUUAUUAAAUCCUUACACUGGUUAUAUUUAUGUUGUUGAUCAUGAAGGUAGAAUUAGAUGGGCAGCUUGUGGUCAACCAGGUGAAAAUGAUAAAAACGUCUUAUGGAGAACCGUUAGAGGUUUAGAAAAAGAAUACAAAGCUUUGCAUCCAACAUCAUCAUAA